AACAUUUGCCAAAUUUUAUUUAUCUUUAUUUUGUAUUCAAGAAAUUCACUAAUUAUCUUUAGCUUAUAUAUAUUUAGGAUUAUCAUUCUAUAUAAGACAAACAAGGUUAUUUUUAAUCCUUACCAGGUCAAUUGACCAUAUGCUAUCAAAAAUCCGCAUACGUGAUAUUUUAAAUCAUAGGAUAAGAGAUAUCCACUUUAAGCGCCGCUGAUCUGGACAGGCUGAUACCUUAAAAUCGAAAUCCGACCUACAAAUCUUUCAAAUAAAGUGAUGUCAAAAAACCGUCAGGACUUUCUCAAUGAUGAUUUUAUCAAGAAUGGUGAGAGGCUCCUAAAAUUUGUGGCUGAAUAUCACAACAAUAUUCGAAAGUUUCCUGUUAGACCAUCACCAGAUUUGAAACCUGGUUACUUAAGGGUUAUGCUGCCGUCAAAAGCUAAUGACAAACCCAUAUCUUUUGAAAGCGUCUUCAUUGAUAUAUUUAAUUUAAUUCUACCGGGACUUGUCCAUUGGCAAAGUCCGAAAUAUCAUGGGUAUUAUCCAACAGGCUUUUCCUAUCCUUCUCUCUAUGGAGACAUUCUAUCUGCAGCCUUUAGUUGCAUAGGAUUCACAUGGUCAGCUUGUCCAAUAUAUACAGAGCUUGAAAUUAUAAUGAUGGAUUGGCUAGCUAAAGAAAUGGAUCUUCCAUCAAAAUUUAUAUUCGAUAGUAAAUUGGGAGGUGGAGGUGGUAUUGAAGGCUCAGCCAGUGAAUCCGUUUUAAUUGUGCUUAUAGCUGCUAGAGAAAAAAAAAUAUCAGAACUUUUAAGCGACAGCUCUAAAAAUAUGAAAUACUAUGAUGUUCUAUCUAAACUAAGAGCCUAUACAUCAGAUCAAACUCAUUCUUCGAUAAUCAAGGCUACGCGAUUAAGUGCUAUACAACUAAAUAUUAUAGAAUCGGAUAAAGACUUGCGAUUAGGAGUUGAAGAGCUGCAAAUAAGGAUAAAACAGGAUUUAGAAAAUGGCUUAAUACCAUUUUUUGUAUGCUGCAACAUAGGAACCACCAGUACUUGUGCGAUGGAUAAUAUUGAAGAAAUAGGACAAAUAAGUAAAAAAUACAAUUUGUGGCUUCAUAUUGAUGCAGCAUAUGCCGGUUCCUUGUUUCUUUGCAAAGAAUAUCGUCAAUCUUUCUCAGGAAUCAAUCUAGCUCAAUCCUUUAACUUUAAUCCACACAAAUUGAUGAGCAUUUGCUUUGAUUGUUCCGUUUUAUGGGUUGAAGAUAUUAACGUUAUAAAGAUGGCUCUAGGUUUAUCUGCGGUAUAUUUAAAAAGUGAUUAUCCUAACAUAGUUGAAUACAAAGAUUGGCAGGUAUCCCUCGGUCGACGAUUCAGAUCGCUAAAAUUAUAUUUCCAUAUAAAGUUAUUGGGAAUGGACUUUAUAAAGGCUCAAAUACGAAACAACGUUGCCCUUGCCGAAUAUCUUGGAGACUUAAUACGAACUGAUGAACGCCUAUAUGUACCAUAUCCAAUUGCAGCGGGAAUGUUGUGUUUCUGUGUGAAUAAAUCCAACUCUCUAACACAAGUGCUAUUUAAAAAACUCAAUGAACAUGACAUUUAUCUCACUUCAACUGAAGUUAAAGGGCGAUUCCUGAUCAGAUUUCCAAUAGGAUCAUCUAAAUGUGAUAAAGAAGAUGUUGACGAUGCGUGGAAACUAAUAAAAGAUAUUUUGAACGAUAUAAAUGAUACAAAUCAAGACCAUAAUGAUAUAACUCAAACUAGAUCCACCUAUAUUUAAAUAACAAAAUACUGCUUUAUUUACAACAUGCUUGAUUAUAAUGUAUAUGAACAAAAUGUUCCUUUUUUUAUAUUGGCAACUAUUAAGCGUAAUGAUAUAAAUUUGAUUAUUGAUAGAGUUUUAAUAAUAUUUUUUAACAAAUAAUAAAUCGAACAUAAUUUAUUAUAA